AAACAAUGGUUAAUGUUUGCUUUUUAUUUGCAUUCCAGAUCAAAAACUGGAAGCCAGCCAACCUGACCAUGUAAGAGAGUUGCUGUACAGGAAAGCUCUCCGCCUAGCGCUGAAUGUUUUAUCCGAAAACGCAUCCUGCCCCUCUCCGAUCAGCUCUGGGAAGAGAAAACGAGGAAGAACAAAACAACCAACUGCUACCGGCCUCUUAAAACCAAAAUGUGACAACAAAACAGAAGACUCUGAAGGCUGGCUACAGCACUGUGAAGCAGUGACACCAGAAAAGAGGGGGAAACCAAAAAAGGUCAAAGGUCCCAAUGACUUGACAACAGAACUAAAAACCACAAGUAAUUUGAAAGUGGAAAGAGGGAUUCCAAGGGGAAGGAGAUGUUCCCCAGCAAUGCCCCCUGGUGGGAGUGGCACUCUACAGCACUGUGAAGCUGUGACACCAAGAAAGAGGGGCCGGCCGAAGAAGGUCAAGGACCCCAAUGACUUGACAACAGAACUAAAAACCACAAGUAGCUUGAAAGAGGAAAGAGGCAUUCCAAGGGGCAGGAGUGAGCCAGACACCAAAGAUGUUACCCAGACCCCUCCGGAGACACUAAGCCCAUGUGCACCAAGAGUAAAAACCAUAUCGUCAAAGAACAAGAACAGCAAGAGGAACUGUUUGCUUGGCUCUCCCCUGACAGACUCCGGAGGAACAGAGCUGGACUUGACUCGUGGUUUUCACCCUCCCAUUCACAAUUCCACGCCAGACAGCCUCUUGAGAACAGAUUUGGGAUGCAGUGCGAUUGGAAGCCCUGGGAAGUCUCCGCAGGGAACGCCCAAGAGGAGAGUGGGAAGGCCGCCGUCUAGACACUUACGGAAGCUUUCCUGGGAGUGUUGCGGUCCAAAGCACCUGCAGUUCAAGUGUGAACAAGGACAAGCCUCCAGAAUAAGCAGGAGGAGGCAGGAGACGGGUCAGGUGACCAGUGCUGGCUCGAAGGCACAGCGUGGGGCGCUUGAGAAGGACCGUGGCGCUGUGGGCAUGGUUCUGGAGCAGCCCCCAGUGGUAAGUCCACGCAGAUGGGACAGGAGCUGCCCGGACCUAGCUGUAAACUCCGAGAGAGGAAAGGGUCGGACCCUCAACCCACAAGCACUGCAGAAGGAAGCAGACCUUACAGAGGAGCCGCCACGCCGCACGGUCACGUUUGAGCUGCCGCAGUUCGAACUGGAAGAAAAUGGGAGGGAGUCGCUGUCCUCGGACCUAUCCAUAGAGAUGAGUUUACUGAACGAGUCCACACUGGAGAGCUCCCUGCAGGAGGAGGAGGAGGAGGAGGAGGACGAGCUGGAGUUGCCUAGCUUCAUGAAGGACAGGGAGCCGUGUUCCAUAACAGAAGGAAUGUGUGUGUGGUGUAAGUUCCAGAAGUACCCCUUCUGGCCAGCGCUGGUAAAAAGUGUGAACCACAAGAAUAAGAAGGCAAGCAUUAUCUUCGUGGACUAUUUACUGUUGGAAAAGAACAAGUUUCGAAAGGGUAUGAGUGUGUCUUUAAGAACCCUGAAACCCUUUGAUUGUGAACAGAGGGAGCAGUAUAUAACAGCGGCUCGAGAAACCUAUCACUGUGCCAUUGACUGGUGUGUGGCGUUGAUUGACGACUACAGCAUUCGAAAAGCUUGUGGUUCCUUCUCCGGCUCUCUUGUGGAAUACUGUGUGGACGAUAUCAGCUACCCAGUCAGAAGGGAGUUCCUCCAGGGCCCCUCCAGAAUGACGUUCCCCAGUAACCUGCUGAUGCUGGAAAAGGACAACCUGGACUGCCAGACUGACAGCCCCCACUGCCGCCGAGCCGCCUUCAAGAAGCUGCUGCCCGACCGCUCUCGCGCGGCCCGGGACAAGGCCAACGAGAAGCUGGUGCAGUACAUCGUGAAGACCCGUGGCGUGGAGAAGCACCUGCAGGAGAUCAUCGCGGGCAGGAAGCCGUCGCACUGGCUGGAGGAGUUCCUGCUUCGCAGUCGCUUCAUCAAGUGGGUGGACACCUACCUGGAGGACGACGGCCAGCUGGAGGUGCUGGUGAACUACCUGCAGUCCGUCUGCAAGAGCGUGCAGAACACACAGCUCUCAGUCGAGCUGGACCGCACCCGCUUCAUACUGGACGUGCUGCUGCCAGAGGCUGUGAUCAGAGCUAUCGCUGCUGUUGACAAGAUCUCGCUGGAGAAGGCCGAGGAGAAGUACAUGAAGGGCCCUGUCUUCAGUGAACGGGAAAUAGAAGAAUUCAACAGGCAGAUUGAGAAGGAUGUCAAGAUGAAGACCCGAUCGCUUGGCGUCCAGCAACACUAGUCAGACCGCAGGGAACGGAGGAGUUUACACAGAGUGCCAUUCUCUUACUGACCUCUGUCUGCUUGGGAGACUGAGGACCGAGCACCACCCUUCAUGCACAAGGGACCCUGUCCCGACACCUGGGAUUAUUCUGUCAAAGUAUUCAUUCCUAAUAAUGGGAGGGGGUCUCGUUCAAAUUGUAUUGCUCUUACCAGAAUUCUACACACCUGGUUAACUGUAGACUUUUUAUUCCACCUUUUUAUUCUGUUGGUUUGCGUAAAAUUAUGAACAGCAUUAAUGAGCCCUAAACCUUCCCAGAAUCCUUCUGAAUAAUGACAUUGUAGUGCAGCCAAGAGUUUAACGCUAAAUAUACACACAAUACAAUCGAGUUUGAGAGAGUAGUGUUGAACUAGACACAGCUCAGUAUCAGUGCUCUGCAGUUGUUAUAGCUGGAACGAGUCCAGGCAAGCCCGCAUUUCAGAUAUUUGUUGUGUACUUCAUCCCCCGCGACGGGGAGGCGGUGGUACGUUGAUACGCACGUGUCACACUUGACCGGUUUUUUGACAUAUCUGAAAAGGCGAUUAUCCUAUUGUCAUGAAACUUGGUAUUCACAUUAUUUAGCUUAAGGGAAAUGUUUGAUUCUGGGGAUAUAGGGCUUAUCUAAUCAUUGUCAACAUGAUUUAGCAUUUCUCUGAAGCAUCACUUAUCAGAAACGAUAUAAUUCUUCUGUACAUACUUUUGUUGUUUGAACUUAUUAGGCUGUGCUCAUUUGUGGAGUAAAUGCAGAACUCCAUGGCAGUUCAGGGUGUGUCCUCUGCCUUUGUAUUGUUACUGAGCAGGCUUUUUACUAAGACAGAAGUAUGUGUGUGUGUGUGUGUGUGUGUGUAUAUAUAUAUAAUGUGUCAUGAUACAUUUUAAAACAGUUUAAUAGGAAAUGUAUUUUGAAAUUCAACGUAAAAUUUGAAAUAUGAAAGAUAUAAAAUUUAUGAAUGCCAAAUCAAGUCUACUUUUUAUUAUUGAAAAUGAACAGUGUAGACAGUAAACGACACAGUUUUAAACGUUUAAUCAUUGAGUGUGGAUCUAGAGCCGAGAAUAUUUUCUGGUCUGUUUUAGUUGUGUGUUGUGUAGUCGGAAUGUUAAUGUUCAGUGCUGCCCUAGUCGAAGAUAGAUAUCUAUCUAUCUAGAUAGAUAGAUAUAAAAUUUAUUUACACAGUGGCCCUCAAGUAUUCACCCCCCAUGGACUUUUCCGCAUUUUAUUGUGUUACAACAUGGAAUCAAAAUGGAUUUAAUUAGGAG